UGUAAGGGAGAUGGGGGUCCCAGAGCUAGGGGUCCCAGUUAAGGAGUUUAUUGUACUCGGUGUGUGAGGGCAGACUGUCAGAAGAGAAGACGCUUGCAGAUAUCUAAAUAUAUCUGGCUAAUAUUAGGGUAAAGGCAGUCGGUGGGUGGAGGAGAGGCGUGAAUAUCUAAUCACACAGACACAAAAAGAAAGACUUCCCCAGCUUGGAUCUGUGCCGUACCGCUCCUCGGCUUUAACUCGCUGCCCUUACUCAGACUCUGCAGGCAAACGCGGCCAGUCUAGCUCUGAACCUUCGUUCGCCGCCCUCUGAUAGCGACGGGAGCACAGUCGGGACGAUGGGUCGCUGUGGAAGUUGGCAGGGAAGUUUUUUAAGAGUGCUUGCUGCUGUCCUGCUCUGUCUCUCAGCGCUACAGCCUAGCCCUGGGUUUGCCAAAAGCCUCCGUGUGAAAGUAGCAGAUAAAAACGAUGACUAUGAGUAUCAGCUGGUUUCAUAUUCAUCACCGUACCAGAAGAAUGAUCGAUGCCCUCCUCCUCCGCAGGCUUUGCCAGACAGAGCCUGUGAUGUUCCCAGCUGCAGGUCGGACUCUGAAUGUGAAAGGCACAAACGCUGCUGUUAUAAUGGGUGUAUUUAUGCUUGUUUGGAAUCUGUAAAGCCACCACCAGUCCUAGAUUGGUUGGUACAACCAAAGCCCAGAUGGCUCGGAGGUAAUGGAUGGCUACUUGAUGGACCAGAAGAAGUACUUCAAGCUGAAGCCUGUAGUACCACAGAGGAUGGAGAUGAACCCCUGCAUUGUCCCACUGGCUAUGAUUGUCACAUCAUAAAUCCCGGGAAUCCAGCAGAAGGAAUUCCGAACAGAGGACAGUGCAUAAAGCAACGAGGAAAUAGUGAUGGGCGCAAUUUAAGACCGAAAAUGUACAAGGACUAUAAAGAUUAUUUUGGAACUAGUUCUAAUAAUGCUGUUGGCUACAAAAAGCACCACUAUAAACAUCUGGGCUAAAGUUGCCAAUGUGAAGGCCAAACUCUGCAGCAAUUGGACCUCAAAUGCAAUAUCAAGCAAGCGUACUGUAAAAGUUGCACACUCUUUACAAAUCAUUUUACAUUGGAAAAGCAUGAUUGUAUUUCUCAAGUGAAUAUAAGUGGAAUUGCAAACAAACAGAUUAUAAAGUAAGUCUCAACAAACCUGGUAUAAAAGUAUAUUUAAUGCUUCCUAUGCAUAGCAUUUAUUUUUAACAUUUAUGAUAUUUGGGUUGCUGGAUAUUUUUUAUCACAUUUAAUUGUGGCUUGAUUGUCAGUUAUUCCCUUGGUGUCACAUAUGCUUGUCAUACUUUGAACUCUUUAACUGGGAUUUUCUUUUUGUUAGCCAGUCUGCUCCUUUUACUUAAAAUAAAAAUAGAAAAUGAAGGUGAAACUCAACCAGUCUGACAGAACCCGUGGAAAAAGAGAGUUAAUGUUUUGUGUCUGUUAUAACUCUACUCAAAACAUAAGCUCUGUUUCUAUCUCCACAGACGCGGUCAGACCUGUUUCCAUUCUUCAGCACAUAUUUUGUUUUUACUUGAGAUUUCCAGCAUCUGAAGUAUUUUGCUUUUUAUUUGAGUGCUCUUUUUACUCUGUGACACAUUCCCAGCUUUGUCCUGUAGACUCUAUCUCCCAGGUUCAUUUUCUCCAUGACAUUUGUGCAUGAGUAUAGUGUAACUUACAGUCAUCAUUAGCCCACACUUCCCACUUUCCCAUCCCAAUAACACGAUGUCCUGGGAAAGUUAAAAUAAGAACAGAAAGCUUUAAGUCAAUUUAAGAAAGAAACGCUGAGAAAUUCCUUUCCCAUCCUGAAGGCAAUCAAACAAGCAAGCUCCUGGAGUUUAAUUACAGCUGACAUUAACCUCAGAUUGUCCAUUUUGCUUCUGAAUAUUACAGAUGCUUAUCACACAUCGGAACUAGCCCACCUCUCUUUUGAAUACUUGGACUGAAUAUGCAGUUAUGCAAAUGCAGGAAAUUUAUUCCAAAGAUUGACAUUUGCACCAGGUUCUUCCUAGCAUCUAACCUGAUUCUGUGCCUUUGCAACUUAGAGGUAUGUUGGGGAUGUAGCUUUUAUGAAUAGUCCAAAUAUCAAAGUCCAUGCUUCUCCAGAGUAAAAGACUUAGAAGGGUCUAGGCCCAAAAUGUCAGCCUUCUUGCUCCUCUGAUGCUGCUUUGCCUGCUGUGUUCGUCCAGCUCUACACCUUGUUAUCUCAGCUCUCUAAAUUUACCUGAUUACUAAUAAAUGAGCCGUUCAACUCCCUUGCCUUUGCUCCACAGCUGGGCACAAUUUUCCUUUUGUAAGAUUCCCUCAUGUAAACCUCAAUUGACCCCACAUCCACCACUGUUUCAGGCACUGAGUUCCAGAUCCCAACCACUCGCUGAGUAAGAAAAUGUCUCCUUAUGCCUCUGUAAUGAUUGGAACCAGGUAGAUCUUAUUGUCUAUGAGAUCCUUGAUUGGGGCUGUUAACCUGGAUCGGCCAGGGAGCCCCGGCUGACUUAUACAAACAGGGGAGUAAAGAGAGUUUGCUAACCUUGGGGACUGACUCUGAGCUGGUUGGCCACAGUCAGUGUACGGUGCGCAUGUAAAUAAAGGGUGACUUGGUGACAAGAUACCAGCCUCUAUGAAGUUAUUUCAGCCUCCAUUGCUGCUUUUCCCAAACUAUCUUAAAUCUGUUCUGAAGAAGUGUCACUGGACCCGAAACUUUGACUCUGAUUUUUUUCUUCAUAGAUGCUGCCAGACCUGCUGAGGUUUUCCAGCAGCUUAUGUUUUUGAGCUUACUUUAUCUCCAUGAAUGCUGCCUGACUGGCUGUGAUCUCCAGCUUUUUUUUUGUUUUCAGCUGGUGCUGUUCAUUUCUCAGCUUCAGAAACACCUUGAAGUUUCAGCCUUAAGCUUUCCUUUUAACUUUAUUUUUAUUUUUCUAAGACCAUUGUAAUAACCAAACGUAGAGUAAGGAUGCAGGCGAAGUGCAUCCAUACUCUAACCAAGGAUACAGUUAUAAAGAAGUUAUCCUUUUCAAUCUUUUCCCACUGGUCUAUCAUACAACUCACAUUUUCCUUCCCCCGGUCUCAUUAAGUGUCCUUUCUCUCUGAAUGCUGCUCUUCACCCAGUCAUUGCCUUCUUGAAGGUCAGUGUGCACUCAUUGAUCUGGCAAACUUCUGACACCAAUGAGUAAUACACGAUUAAAAUGACAAGGACAGGAGUAGAAAGAGUUGGCAGUUCUCGACUCUCAAGCUGUGAUUGGACACUUGUUUUCCCCUUUCAUGACGCUCCCACAGUCUCGGUAUUAGCCCCUAAGGCUAACAGAAUGCAGAAACCCAGUCCCUAACUGUUCUUAACCCUCAAGCACCACAAACUAAACCAUCCAUUCUAAUGGUUUCCCCUUUUCACUGCUGGGGCAUUCCAAACCCCAGGGACCUCUCCCCUCCUCAUGUGUCCUCAAACAUCACAAUGGUUGAUGCUUUCUGUGAAAUAUAAGAAAUCUAUCUGCCAAUGCUAUUUUUUUCUGAAAAAAAAACACAAGGCUGUCCUCCCUCUUGGUUUUAAAACAAGUACCUACCUUCAAUCUGAAACAUUUUACCCAUCAUUUGAUGCUUCUUGCACUAAAACAUUUGACUUAAAAAGCCAGUCAAACACAAUUACAUGAGCUAGCAUCUUAAAUAAAAACUGAAAGUGCUGGAGAAAUUGAGACCUGGCAGCAUCAGUGGAGAGAGAAACAAAGUUGAUGUUUUGAGUCCAGUGUGAUUUGUUGGAACUAGUUUUUUUUUAACUAAAUUUCAGAUUUCCAGCAUCCACAGUAGUUUGUUUAAACCAGCAUAUUGUUUGAAUCAUCGCCAUCAAUGUGUAUCAUAAUUUAGCCAAUAUCAUUCCUGUAUAAAUCUACCAUUUUGACCUUUUUACAUAGUCAUAGUAGUUGUUAGCUUCCUUCUUUAAUACACUUUUUUCUUAUUUCAUACUAAAGACUUUUAACAUUAAGUAACACAAGAAUUACAUUUCAAUUUAUAAUGUAUUUUCUCCAUUGUACUUAGUCACUCAUGACUUGAGUACCUCAAUUGUGCAAUUAAUGUCUUACAGUUAUUCAUUCGUUUCACUGAUUUUUGAAUAACAAUCUGCCUCCAUUUACGUUGAUGAUCGAUUUUGUACUUCUGUGCAAUUAUCAAUAUCUCAGAUUCUUUUACAUGGUGCUAAAUAUCUUGUGUGAUAGUUCGAAAGAUUUUGUGUAAUGUUCAAAUACUUAUUAUUGUUCACUUUGCACCAGUGGCAACUGAAGUAAAAUUCUAAAUUAAAGG